UUGACCUCACCUCUAACCUUUUAAUAGGUCAAAAAACCCACGUGGUGUAAAUUUGAAUAACAAUAACGUUAGUAGGGGAGUUUACGGCAUUUCGUUUAUGAAUAGCAAAAGGUAACUUAAAAGGAAUGUCGAUUUAAAACCUGAAAGCUUCCAUUAAAAUAACACAAUGUAUGCUUUCUGGACUGUUUUCCUAGCAUGUCUAGUAGCACUUUUAUUCACGUGGUGGCGGAAGACCACGAGAAAUGCUACCCUUCCCCCGGGGCCUCCCACAGUCCCAUUCAUUGGGAAUCUUCUAAGUGUGAGUCCGGACACGUUGUUGGAGACGUUCAUGGAGUAUAGGCAGAAGUACGGAGACGUUUUCAGUCUAAUCACUGGUUCGAGGAUCCUUGUUGUCGUCAGCGGACAUGAUACCCUAAGGGAUAUAUUCAUAAAGCAUGGAGAUGUCGUAUCCGAGAGACCAGAUACUUUUUUUACAAGAGAAAUCGGGAAAUUCAAAGAAGCCAUAUGUUUUAAUUGCUGCCCAUCAAAUAGUACAGUGUCUUUGUGUAAAUUACGUGCUGACAGAGAAUGGAAUGCAGGUGAUAGGAUCUGCAGCUACCAUUUUCAAAACGGAUGCAAGGAAAAUGGCCCAUCAAUGUUUGUAUACUCCAAAUACCAGUUUCCAGAAGUGCCCACAAAUCGAAAAAGGAAAACAAUGGAACAAAUUGAGGCCACAAUGUCAACAACCAGUGAACAAGUGCCAUGUUCAUCUGCUACAUCUGUAAAUCUUGUAUCAACUGGAGAACAAGACCACAAUUACUUCCAUCCAUGUCCAUCUUUCCUUUGUGCUUCAAAGAUAAACGAUUACCAUUCAAAGAUAAAAGAACUUGAAGAAGAUAUUGGGAAGUUAGAGCUAGAGAUAGAGAGCCUACUUUGAUGCAGACCUUCAAUGUCUAUUGAUGCCAUAAAAAAAUGACCAAGAAAAGAUGCUUUUGUACACAUCAUUUCCAUGUGACAUCUUUGACAUCAUAGUGAAGACACUACAAAGAUUUCAGCCCCUGAACUACUAUGCAGGAUGGAGUGUUGUAAAUGUGAGCCUAGAAAAUCAAGUUCUCAUAACUCUGAUGAAGCUUCGACUCAACUUAAGGGAUCUCGACUUGGCCGACAGGUUUUGCACAAGUCGGGCUACCAUUUCAAACAUUCUUAACACUAUUAUAAGUGCCUUGCAUGGAAUCUUUUAUAAAGGUGUUAUGGUAAGACUAGGCAUGCCCAGUCAACUGAAAUGUAAGGGGUCACAACCUAAAUCUUUUGAAGAUUUCGGCUCUGUAAGAGCAUCUAUUGAUUGCACUGAAAUAACACAAGAUGUACCAUCUGACUUUAGUAGACAAAGUGCCUCAUAUAGCAAUUACAAGAGUCGGCAUACUAUGAAAACUUUAACUGCUGUUACUCCAAAUGGUUCUUGUGUUUUUGUGUCACCUCUAUAUCCUGGGUCAGUGUCAGAUGCCAACAUUGUUGAACAUUCUCGGUUUUUAGAUAAUCUUAGUCCAGGAGAUUUAAUUCUGGCUGACAAGGGAUUUAACAUACAUGACAAGAUGUUUUCUGGGGUUCAGCUCAACAUCCCUCCAUUUCUUCUUAACAAGACUCAUUUUACAAGCGAAGAAGCUGAUUUAUGUUAUAAAAUUGCACGAAACAGAAUUCAUGUUGAAAGGGUUAAUGAGCGGUUCAAACAUUAUCAGAUUUUAAGCCACAUUCCAGCAAACUACAGAUCUUUGUCUACAAAAAUUAUGCAACUUUGUGCAUGCUUUGUUAAUCUUCAAGCACCAUUACUUAAAGAGAUUGCUUGAACAAUCUUGUCUUCUUCUGUAGAACCAUUAGGUCAAUAUCAACCAAACUAGGCACAAAGCAUCCUUGGGUGAAGGGCUUUUAAUUUUCAUGACGUAAAGUUUGCUAUGUAACGUUAUCAUUUUGAAAAAGAUAAAGUAAUUUGGUCUGCAAACUUUUGAAAGUUAUUCCAUUCAUAGCAUCGUUUACGAUUUUAUUUUUACGUAGGCUGAUGAGAGGUGAAGAUAUCAAAUAGUGAUCAAUCUCAUAACUCCUACAAGCAAUAUACUUAAUUUUUAUUUGAGCAGGUCAGAAGUUGUCUGCUGCUCAAUAUAUAGUUGUAGGUAGCAUUUCAUAUAUGGAGCAGGUCAGAAUUUGUCUGCUGCUCAUUAGCAUUGGUAUUUAGAUGUAGAUAACAUUUCGUAUGCGUAGCAGGUCGGAAGUUGUCUGCUGCUCAUUUUUGUUGCAUGUUCUGUGUCAUUUUAAAAAAACUGUUCCCUUCUUCAGGCUGGUCAGAGGUUGGCUGUUGCUUUGUGUUGUUGUUUUUUUCAUUUGCAUUUUGACUGGUUUCCCCCCCCCUCCCCCCUCCCUGGGCUCAAUUUAUCUUGUGUAAGCUAUAUCUUAUUAUGGAUCCUAGUAUAUAUUAUUUUCUAGUUUAUCUUACUAUAAAUAAUUACAACAUCUGUAUCUUAUAUUCAAUUACCCAUAUUUAUCAUUUGAUCGGGAUACUUUUAUUUUUCAUCUGGCAUUCAUUGGUUGGCGCAGCAACUUACAUGCACCUUGUUGCAUGUCUCAUUGCUUGGUGGCAAGCUUUUUUUGUGCACCACCUUUUUGACAUCAUUAGUGUUUUAGUUGUAUAUUGGCUUGGAUCAAUCUGUGUAAUGUAUAUUUUUAUUUGCACAGUUGCAAAUUUAGUCCCAUUUUUUAUAUUUAGUGGUCCCAGCCAAUUAAUUUUGUAAAAUAUUUCAACUAUGACGUAUUUUUUCUGUUUGUCAUUUGUUUCAAUAAAUGACAUAAUCACUUAAUAUUGUUGUUUCAUCAUAAUAAUAGUCAGCUGUGACAAAGAAUGAAUUUCCGAAUACCAGAGGUCCUUCCAAUAUUAUACAUCUCUUAUCUUCAAAAUUGUUGAAUAUAAAUAUAAUUCUUAUGAAGUCCACUACCUAUACACAUGAGCUUGUAUAUUCAUUCAAAAUGUUUGUUUUUUCAUGUGUUUAUUUACAAAAAAAUAUGUAAUGUCAACAUAAAUAUUGUAAACAUAGUCAAAAGUGUUUUGAUUUUGUGUUUUUAAUAUAUAUUUUUAAAAUUUGUAUGUUUUGUAAACUGGGUUUAUACUUUUCAGCUCACAAGCACUAUUCUGAUCACUUUUAGUCUAGCAUCUAUCUGUAUGUUAACUUUUUACAUUUCUAGGGUAUAGAGGAUUCAAGUUUGUGCAAAUUAAGUGUAGAUAGUUCAUAAUUAGUAAAAAUUUUGUAAAAUCUUAUAAAGAUCUUCUCAAGAACCACUGGACCAAUUUCAAACAAACUUGACACAAAUCAUCUUCCAAGUGACGGGGACCUAGUAACCUUUGACCUUCUUUGGAGAAAAUCUAACCAAAACAUUGUUUCACAAACUGUUUAAGGUGGGGCUUUCAGACGAUACAGAUUCCUAUGUUUUCAUGGGAAUAAAGAUUGUAAAAAAUCUUUUAUAUUCACAGUAAAAAUGUAGUUGUGAGAAUGUGGCCCAUGGGCCUUUUGUGUUUGUUAAUGCUUGAUAGAAAACUGUACAAUCGUAUGAAAACUAUUGACAAUACAUUUAUUCAUAUGAAUGUAGUCUAAGCUGUAUGGUAUGCAAUUGAAACUUCAAAAUGUUUUUUUUUAAAGAAACUAUAUUGCUGGAUGAAAAUUUCCUUUCUGAAAAUAAUGAGUGGUGAUGAAGUAAUGACUUUAAUCUUGCUUUCAAAUGAAAAAAAUUUGAAUGGAUAUGAAACAUAUAUGAGGAUCUCAUUAUAGAAAAGCUAAACAUUUUUACAUUGCAAGAACUGGGAUAAAAUAAAUUUCUAAGAUCAAUGACAGAAGGCACAGCAUUAAACAAUUUCAAUUGCACUGUACAGAAACAAAAUAAUUUCUAUGUCUUGUUCACUUCUGGCAUAAACUUAUGAAAAUAGAAA